UAUCUGAGGCCUUUACUUCUUUUGCAGCUCUACGUUUUAGACAGAUUAUUCACCGACCAUGUCAGGCCGUGGAAAGCAGGGAGGCAAAGCUCGCGCCAAGGCUAAGACUCGGUCCUCCCGGGCCGGGCUCCAGUUCCCGGUUGGCAGAGUGCAUCGUCUGCUCCGUAAAGGGAAUUACUCUGAGCGGGUGGGAGCUGGAGCGCCGGUGUACUUGGCUGCUGUGUUGGAAUACCUCACUGCUGAAAUCUUGGAGUUAGCUGGCAAUGCUGCCCGCGACAACAAGAAGACGCGUAUCAUUCCCCGUCAUCUUCAGCUGGCCAUCCGCAAUGAUGAAGAGCUCAACAAACUGCUGGGCAAAGUGACCAUCGCCCAGGGUGGAGUGCUGCCCAAUAUCCAGGCCGUGCUGCUGCCUAAGAAGACCGAGAGUCACCACAAAGCUAAGGGCAAGUAA